AUCUAAAUCAAAGGAUUUUAAAUUGGUUUUAAUAAUCGAUUUAUUAGAAUUAAAUAUUUAUACUUGUUAUGCUCAUUUUAAUAUGCACAUGAGACUAUAUAUUUUUAUGAGAUUAUAUGGAUGUUUGAAGAAGUUUUAUAUUAUUUUAAAUCAUUUGAUUUUAUUCGAAUAUGAAUUUUUUUAUCAUUGAAGUAUUUGUUGGUAUUCACUUAUUUUGAAAUUGUGAAAUAUGUUUAAGAUGUCUUAAGAUUUAGAAAAUAUGAUUGAAUAUAAUUUGGAUGAGAAAAUAUUAUUUGAUUUGAAUUGAUACCUCAUGUUUGAAAGACCGAAGAAUUUGUUAUAUUCGAAAUUACAUGUUUGAAUUGGUUUGGGAGCCUCGUAUUAGAAAACCGUAGUUAAAUGCGGUUAUGACGUUAACUUAGGUGCAUCUGGCUCAGAUCCGGCGUUGCUAGCCUAACGUGUAGGCCACACGUUGGAUCUGUUAUUCCGUACGGACACACGAGAGGAAAGGGCUACCCUUAGAGGUGGAGCCGUCCAAGUGUGGACUAUUUGAUUUGAUUUCUGUAUGAGAACUCUCUUAUUGAUUCACACAUUCAUAUAAAUUAUUAUUUUCUAACUAAAAUUAUUUUUAUAAUAAUGUUUAUAUGGUCUCAUGUGAAUUAUGGAUGCACUGUCUAGUCACUGGAUUACAAAAUUCACUCCAUUUUUUCUAAAAAUAUUUUUCAGAAAUAAAUAUCUGAUUAUGUGAGCCUUUCUAUUCAAGAUUAAUGAUCUACAAUGGGUAUCUAUUCUUUGCUGAGUUCUUAGACGUCAUCUGCUACAUAUGUCACAGACAGAAUCCAUCUAUAUUUUAUUUUUGUUAAAAAUAUGUAAUUAUUCAUUCUUGAAACUGUAAAUUUAUCAAAAAUAUUUGUAACCUUCUUAUUUAUCUUAUAUUCGAAUCUUUUAGGCUUGCUGGGGGAUUAUUUUCCUGAGCGCCAGUCAUGGCUCAUUUUCGGCCGUGACAGCUACAACACAGAGAAUGAGAGACACUAUAUAUAGCAAAGGUCACCUAACAGCCUGAUGGCUAGUUAUCAAAUAUAAUAGCAUAACAGCAACUAACCUAGUGCUAACUACCAUUUUCAUUCUCUUCACUAAUAAAGACAUCACCGAAUUCUUUGCUGCCGGUUCAAGAGUAAGACAGGCUGCUUCCACCAUAAUCUGUGACAUAAUAUUGAUCCUAUUCUCAUGAGUUUAGCGUGUAUGCAUGCCUGCCAGUUAGUUAGAGGAAAGAUAUCUUGUUUGUAAUACAAUUUCAAACAUAUCCAAUGUACCAUCCAUCCUAAGGUGUAAUGCAAGUUUAUGAUUAUCUUGAUUUAUAUGCACUUGUCUCUGUCUUUUUCACUAGUUAAUGAAACUAAUAAUGCAGCAGCAUUUACUAAUAUACGUUUAAAAUUAAAUAAUUUUGAUUUUUAGUACUCUCAUUUGUAUUCUACUAUUUUUUUGUGCAUCACACAUUUUAAAUCUAGUAUAUUAUAUAUUAAAGCAAAGUUGCCCCAGACCAGAAGCGGAAGAAGUAAUUGAUGGAAAAUUGCAAAGAAGAACUCACAUAGUGAGCUUCAGUGGUGUGCCUUUGACCACUUAAUACCAUCUUUUCAACUUUCCAUAGCAAAUUCUGGUGUUCUUCAUAUCAACAUCAAGAAACAUUCAAAGGCUAUCCAUCCCUAAUCACUCAACUUUGCCUCCUUUUAAUUUGUUAGACUUGGUUGAACUACCAUUGCCAUUGCCAUCGUCAUCAAAUAUUCGCCAAGCUGUUAUAUCAUGCAUAAAUAAAUACAUAUUUUUGUUCCAAAAAAUACACAUAAUUUUUUAAUCAAAAUGCGCACUUUUUAAUUUACAUACACAAAUCCAAAUGCAUUAUUAGUUUAUUGUUGUGUUCAUUUAGUAGAGAUGACAGCCAAAUGCCUUAGGGAAGCAAUGAUGUUGGAAGAAGAAGAGCUCAGAAUUAAAACAAGACAAUGAAGCAGAUGAAGUUGUUUGAUAUUUGAAGCUUCGCCAUGAUUGUAUGGCUGCAUUUGUCAAGUUUCUUAACACAGGAGUAUGAAAAUUGAUAGAAGUUUUUGGAAACAGCAGCAGCCACUGAUGUAAUUGUCAGGCUCAUUUCAUCUGAGUUUGUCAACUUGGUGGUGGGUAAGAAGCUGGAUCGGAAGUUGGUUGAGAAGCUGAAGACUGCUAUCUUGGCUGCCAAAGCUCUGGCUGCUGAUGCCGAGCAGAAGCAGUUUGGAAACGAACUCGUGAGGGAAUGGCUUGAUAGUCUCAAAGAUGCUCUCUACACUGCUGAUGACUUGCUGGACCGUGUCUUCAUCAAAGCUCAAAUUCGCAACAAGGUACGCAUUCGUCUUCCUCACUUCCUUGAUCUGUCUGGUAGGAAGAUGGUGACUAAGAUAGAAGAGGUGGUUGAAAGAAUAGAAGAUCUUGAGAGACGCAAAGAUACCCUUGGUCUGAGAGAGAUUCAAACAGGAAGCUCUUCAUGGAGACCUCCAUCCACUUCUCUUGUGAAGGGGAAUGUGUUCGGCAGGGAUAGUGACCAACAGGCACUAAUCAAGAUGCUCAAUGACAACAAUCAUCAUAACUUGUCCGUCAUCUCUAUUGUUGGUAUGGGCGGUGUUGGUAAAACUACUUUGGCGCAAUGGCUCUACAACAAUAAGGAUUUGAUGCACGGGGUUGAUCUGAAAGCAUGGAUUUGUGUUUCUGAAAAUUUUGAUGUUGUUGAGACUACAAAGAAUGUUAUAAAGGGGAUCUCUUCAGGUGUUUGUAGUCUUGACGGCUUUGAUUUACUUCAACAACAUUUGAAGGAAAAACUGUCACAAAAGAAGUUUUUCAUUGUUUUUGACGAUGUUUGGAGUGAAGAUGCUGACAAGUGGAAUAGUUUUAUCACCCCUUUUCAACAUGGGAGAAAGGGAAGCACUAUUCUUCUAACUACCCGCAUGGUAAAUGUUGGUCGAAUAGUCCAACACUAUAACUCUUACACCCUCAAUCAACUGUCAGAUGAUUAUUGUUGGUCUAUUUUUGCGGACAAUGCAUCCUUUCCUGAAUCAAAUGGGAGCUCACCAGAAUUGGAAGGAGUAGGUAGAAAGAUUGUUGAGAGGUGUGAUGGCUUGCCGUUAGCUGCAGAAACACUUGGACGCUUGUUGCGCUCAGAGCAUCGUGUUGAAGAAUGGAAUAAAAUACUAUUCAGUGACAUUUGGAAAUUUUCUCUAGCAAAUUGUAAGAUUGUUCCAGCAUUGUUAUUAAGUUACCAUCAUCUUCCUACUCAUUUAAAACGUUGCUUUGUUUACUGUUCACUGUAUCCCAAAGAUUAUAAACUUGAUAAAGAUGAAUUAAUAUUGUUGUGGAUGGCUGAAAAUCUUUUACAACCACCAAGGAGGGGACAGAGUGUAGAACAAGUUGGUUGCGAGUAUUUUGAUGACUUGGUUUCAAGACUAUUCUUCAAGCAAGUUGAGAAUAAUGAUGAGAAAUAUUUUGUGAUGCAUGAUCUCAUGCAUGACUUGGCAACUUUUCUUGCUGGAGAUCUUUAUUGUAGAUUCUCAGAACUUGGUGAAAAGGAAGAGAUGAGUAUUCUAACUCGCCAUUUGUCAUACGAUCAUUCAAUCCCUGAGAAAACAUGCUCCUCUAAUAAAAUAGAAUCUUUGAGGACAUUAUUGUAUAUCAAUCAUGGUCGUGGACGAACAAUGUUACCAUGUGAUAUAUUGUCAAAGAAUAAAUACUUGAGAGUUUUGUCCUUUAGUAGACUCAAUAUAUUUCCUGAUUCAAUAGAUAAAUUGAUCCACCUGCGCUAUUUGGAUCUCUCUAAAAAUGUUGUUCAUACAUUGCCCGAGUCAAUAUGCAAUUUGUGUAAUUUACAAACAUUAAAGUUAAAAGAUUGUUCAAGGCUGACUAUGCUGCCCAAUGGCAUGUAUAAGCUUGUGAAUUUGCGGCAUCUUGAUAUAAGGGGUACUCCUCUGAAAGAAAUGCCAAAAGGAAUGGGCAAAUUAAAACAGUUGCAAACUUUAAGCAAGUUUGUGGUGGGAAAGCAAGAAGACAAUGGAAUGGAAGAGUUAGGAGGGCUUUUAAAUCUUCAUGGAUCACUUGAGAUUGAGAAAUUGGAGAAUGUGAUUGAUGCCAGUCAGGCAAGGAGUGCAAGGAUAAUAGAUAAGAAGCACAUUGAGGAGUUAUUGUUGAAAUGGUCUGUGUCUUCAGGUGAUGAUAUGGUUUCAAACACACAUACUAAUGAACAAGAUAUACUCCACAGCUUGCAACCGGACACUGGCUUGAAGGAGUUGCAAAUCAAGGGAUACAAGGGUACAAUAUUUUCCGACUGGUUGGGGCGCUGUUCCUACAAAAAUAUGACACGUGUAACUCUGGCGUCCUGCAAGAAUUGCUACAUGCUGCCUUCACUUGGACAACUGCCAUCUCUAAAGUCCCUCAGCAUUGAAAAGUUUGAUCAGCUGAAGAGCAUUGGCAUGGAGUUUUACAAGAAUGAAGGCCAUCAACAUUCUUGGCCAAUUGCACCGUUUCCCUUACUGGAGAGUUUGGAAUUCUGGCAUAUGGCAUGUUGGGAGGAGUGGCAGUUACCUGACUCAGGAGCCUUUCCUCAGCUUAAGAGCCUUCAAAUAAGAAAUUGUCUAAUGUUAAAGGGAGAUAUGGUUAAUCAGGUAUUCAUGAGAAUCGUUUUUUCCUCAUCAUAUGUUUCCAAAGUGCACAAACUUGGAAUACAAGUACAUCAUCAAGUAUGGGAUAAAGGGAUGACACUCGAUGGGGAUAGGUUAUCAAUUAGGGGAAUUGAAUGUGUGGCGGAGUGUGCAUUUAAGGCAAGGAUCAUCCACCAUCUAACUUCCCUCCAAGAAAUACAUAUCUCAGGGUGUUCGUCUGUUGUAUCUUUGGGGGGCAAUCUCUUACCCAAAUCUUUGCAAAAGCUCAAAAUCUAUGAUUGCCGCCAAAUUGAAUUACUCCAGCAACAACACAAGUAUGAUUUGGUAGAUCUACAAAUAGAAUUCAGUUGUGAUUCACUGACCUCAUUGUCGUUGGAUGCCUUUCCCAAUCUCCAGAAUCUGAAGAUAUGCUGGUGUGAGAAUCUGGAAUCAGUUUCAAUGUCAGAGCCACCACACGCUGCUCUUCAACGUCUCACCAUUUCUGGCUGCCCCCAAUUUGUGUCAUUUCCCCAAGAAGGACUGGUUACACCCAACUUGACUCAUCUCCAUGUUAGCUGGUGCCGGAAGUUGGAGGCAUUGCCACGUGGCAUGAAUACUCUUCUCCCAAAUUUACAGUCACUCGACAUACGACGUUGCCCAAACAUUUGUAGGUCGCCAGAGGGUGGUUUGCCGGAUAACCUGAAAGAGCUAAGUGUAGGAGAUUGCGAAGAACAAGUGAGGGGUCUAUCAUGGAUGGGCAACUUGGAAAACCUCACUCAUCUCACCGUUUCUGGUGUUGGGUGUGAGAGCAUAAAGUCAUACCCAGAGGUGGGUUCGCUGCCUCGCCUUCCCUCCCUUACCACUCUUGAGAUACGCUUGUUUCAUAAUCUGGAGACAUUGGAGUGCAACGAGCUUCUCCGCCUCACCUCCCUCCAACAACUACACAUUUCAAACUCUCCAAAGCUGAUCUAUAUUGAAGAAGAAGAGCUGCCUCCCUCUCUCUCCCACAUUCCCACCAUUAAAGUCCAUGGCAUACAAAUUUUCUGAGUAGAGAUUUCUGAGCAGGUAGCUUGUGUACAUAUCGAGAUGUAAUCCUAUACAUUGGCUAUACAUCAUUUAAUUCUAAAUUCAUUUGAGGUGGUAAUUAAGCUAGAUUGAUGUAUUGGGAAACAGAAACUUUGUGUUUUCUGAUUUUGGCUUCAAGUUAUUGAAAAGCAAAGACAUGAUGGAGAAAGUUGGUGGCACUCAUUAUUGAAAAACUUUGGUUAUUGUUGAUUUUCCAAGGUGAUGAAGGUAUGUAGCUAACGCAGUCAAGAUUCAAAGAAUAUGCUUUCCGUAUUUGAAGAUGAUAAUCAUGUACCUGAAGUAGUCGAAGAAGUUGUAGGGAUGCCAUCAGCAACACUUCCGUUCCUAUCAACUUCACUCAAUGGAAGUAUGUAUUGCCAUAUCUAAAUUAUCUUCAUUCAAUCCAAAGUUCAUCAAAGGAGGUGCUCUGUUAUUUUAGCUUCAGAAAAUGUUAGGUCGGGGAUUUGAGUGUUUGAUCGCUUGUGGAUUCUGCUGGGAGUGUCAAGCUUACUAGCUCCUCUUUUGAAAAUUAUUCACUAUAAAUCUGCAGUUGGGAAGUGGUUCAAUGGUGGUUUGGGCUGAAAUUUCGAUAGCAAGUUCUAGAUGUACUUUUUCGUUCGGAAUGGUUGGAGGAUUAAGAUAAGAUUUGGAGGAUACAGGAGUCAUUCCAUGUUCCAUUCCACCUGCCCCUCAGUAGCUCUUAGUCAUUUCGGUGAGCCUUUUUUCUUUCCAAGGGCUAAGUAAUUAUGUAAUGGAACCUUUGCUCAAAAUUUAGAUUAUGUCAACGCUCCAUAUGUCACAGGCAGGAUCCUCGUGUGGGCUAUGUUAUUUUGAACCUCGAACUGUUUAGAUAGUAAUUAUAAUUUGGUUAUGUAAGACUUAUGGAUUUAACUAUAUACUCUAGUUAUCAACUUGAUAUAUAUAUAUAUAUAUAAUGCGUAUU